UUAGAAAGGCAAACCUCAGUCUUCUUCAUGUAGUUUAAUCUACUUCCUGAUUUCACAGGAAAUUCAGCCAAUAUCUGCAGAGGCGUACGGGCAGAGUCACAUGUUCAAGUGGUUACUAAAAGACUGACCUCUGAGCACUUCCACACACUGUAUGAUGCUCCCAUGUGUGAAAGAGACAGAGAAGAUGGACGACAUAGAUGCCAUGUUCAGUCACCUGCUCGGAGAGAUGGAUCAUCUCUCUCAGAGUUUAAUGUCUGCAGCCGACCCACCAGAAGUGGAUCCUGCCUCACAGAGAGAGAGCACCUUCUCCAUUGGCUUCACAGAUCUACAUGAGUCUCUUAAUGAACUGGAGGACAAUGACCUGGAUGCUCUGAUGGCUGACCUCGGAUCAAAAUCAACCAGCCCAGAAGAGAAACUCCCCACGGAUGAACAGUCCAGCAGCUGUGCAGAUAAUCAAACAGCAGCCGUGGCUCUGGAGCCUGAGCCAGCAGCUGCCCUUCCUCAACCAUCAAACUCUGCUGAAUCCUCUGGAGAGCUACAGAUGAGCGAACCCCAGACAAAAGCAGACAAAAUUAAACUGGCUCUGGAGAAGCUGAAAGAAGCCAAAGUGAGGAAGUUGAUAGUAAAGAUGCUGAUGAGUGACGGCAGCUCUAAGACACUGAUGGUGGAUGAGAGACAGACGGUCCGAGAGGUUUUGGACACGCUGUUUGAGAAGACACACUGUGACUGCAGCAUCGAGUGGAGCCUGUGUGAGACCAACCCUGAGCUGCAGAUCGAGAGAGGCUUUGAGGACCAUGAACACUUAGUGGAGCCCCUGUCUGCGUGGACUCGCCUGAGUGAAAACAAAAUCUAUUUUGUGUCGAAACCGCAGAAAUAUGUGAUGUUCACAGACCCUCAAUUAUUUUACAUGUGGAAAAAGAAGACGGCAUGUUUGAGUGGAGUUAACGACCAAGCCAGACAGCUCUUACUCAAGGAGCAUUUUGAAGGUCCUACUGUGAUUGUUCCUGAUCUCGAGGGCAUGCUGUACCUCAAGGAAGAUGGGAAGAAGGUUUGGAAACCGCGCUACUUUGUGCUCAGGGCCUCGGGCAUCUACUAUGUACCCAAGGGAAAGACAAAGACUUCCAGCGAUCUCGCCUGCUUUGUCCAUUUUGAAAAAGUCAACAUCUACACCACCAACAACUACAAGCAGAAAUACAGAGCUCCCACCAACUUCUGCUUCAUGCUGAAGCAUCCCCGCAUCCAGAAAGAGUCGCACUACAUCAAGUUCCUGUGCUGUGACAACGAACACGCGAUGUUGCUUUGGGUGAACUCCAUCAGAAUAGCCAAGUAUGGGGCUGCCCUGUAUAAGAACUACCAGGCUGCACUGAAGAGAACCUCUAGUUUUCAAACUCUCCACUCUGCUGCACAUAAAGACAGAUGUAACAUUAAUGCCCCUCAGAGCAGCCCACGUCCGGGUCCAGCUCCACCCAAAAUCACAAAUGUUGAAGAUGAGCCACCACCUGACUUCAUCCCUCCUCCUCCUGGACACACGCAAGUUUGAGACACAUCUUCACCUUCUGAUGUGCAUCAUGGUUAACUUCAGUUAGCUGGAUUUAGCCCAUUUAGCCUCCCAUGUGCACACGUCUGGACAAAUAUCCAACCUGGAGCCAAUAAUAUGAUGUCAGUAAUGCACAAACAUGUAGUAGUAGUAGUGUUACAAGACCAUGAUGCAAAGAAAAUUAAAAAGCUUUUACUUAUUCUCAGAUGUAUAAUACUAUUUAUUUGGUUUUGGACAAAGUCCCUGCAAGGUAUAAUUUUUUUGCACCUGUUCAAGCAACUAGGAAAGACCCUAAAAAUUAAGGUAAAGGUAGAAAUUAUUUUAGCAAAGGACACAGAACUAUUGAGGAUGUACAGUAAACAUCUAUCAGGGGAGGCCAUGGCUGGUCUAAAUCCUUGAUAAGAAAGACAGAGAUGUUGCACAGAUCAACACUAGAGACACUAGUCAUAGUAUUAAUUCAAUGCCACUUUGACUGUGCUGCCACCUCCUGGUGUGAUAGUACACCGCGGUGCAUCAAAAAUAAAGUCCAGAGUACCAACACAUGUAUAUCAGGGUUGUGUUAAAGUUACCUCUUUCUACUCAUCUUGAUUCAGCAUAUUUAUUACAACUUCCAGAGACAAUCAGAGGCAACCGCUUUAAUCCUUUUGAGAUUCAAGAGUUUAGUGGGCAAAUAUUUUCAAACUACUUUUAAACACAGCUGCAAUUGAAUGGAAUAAACUUCUAAUAUCUCUGAAAGUAAUUGAAGCAAUGAGGAAUUAAAAGCAGGCUAUAAAGAAACAGCCAGCAAAUAGUCUCAUAGCAGGGAACUUGCACAAAUUAACUGAGUGAUGUCCUUUUGUUUUACUUCUUUGGUGAUUAAAUGGAUUCUGUAUUUGCACCUGUCUAUAGGUUUUUUAAAGAUUUUUUCUAUUAUUAUAGUGACGGAGAGAGACAAUAACGGCAGGGGAGUGAAAGGGCAGAUGGCAUGCAGCAAAAGGCCAGACUCGAAACUCCACCUCUGUGAUGAGUUCUUAUCCAUAGUCUGUAUAUUACCUAUGGUAGAUGGUGGUCGGCACAACCCUCAGUUUGGAGAAGCAGGCUAGAGUACUGCCAUGGAAGGUGAGCAAUGUGCUGCUGUGGAUGACGGCAGCAUCAAAACAUAUUUUAGCCACCUAAAAAUCGGAAUCAGUAUAAUUGUACCCCAUAAUUAGAAUAUUUUUGCUGCUUUACUUUACUGUCAGACAGCCCUUUCCGACUUCCCCAUCUACGCUCUUGUCAGAGCCACCAGACUCCAUUGACAAAAAUUUCAGCUCGCCGAACCCGGGAGCUGCUGGUCUACCGCUGCCUCCAUCACUUAGUUUGUGUUACAGUGUGACUUUGGUCAAUCCAAACCGACUCUUUUAAUUGUCCAAGACACACAAUAACAUAAACAGAGGGCUUUCACAUCAGGGACCCAGGCAUGGAAUACAUUUCAUUUUAUAAGUGUGAACACUGUGUACCGUACUCGGGCACAGGUGGUCUCAAGUACUAUUAAUAUGUACUCUCCUACAUUACCCCUCUGGUGUGAACACCAACUAUACCAAAACUCGGAAGCAGGCUGUUAUUUGACACAACUGCAAGGAGUUUUUACCGGUAAUAAAACAGUCAAGAGAAGAGACAAGAUGAGACGGGACGAGGCUGUAACAAGCUGCCACUAGUGCAGCACCAUCUUGAGAAGAAUAUAAUGCUAAUGCCUCUGUAUCAAACUGCAAGAGCAAAGCUUUGCCUACUCCACAGGUAGUGAUGGCCAAAUGAAGCCUCAUGAAGCAUUUUCUGUAUAUUCUGAGCCCACUUGAUGGCACUUAUUGUUCAACAAAAGGUUGAAAAUACACUGAAUUGCCAUUCUUUGAGCCUCUCUCUUUAAACCCAGAGCACCAUCUAGUGGGCUCGUCAUGAGGCUUCAUUUGGCCAUCACUACUUCACAGGCCCCUGCAGAUGACAGUCCCUGAGGCAGUAGUGUCGUCUGCAGCAAACUUUUCUUCACUGUAGCUUAGCAAAAAUGUCAUAUAGAUGAUGACGCAAGUGUACUCGGGUACGGAACAACAUUGCUAAUGUGAGAGUGGAGUGGAGGGUGGUAAAUGGUACUCAUGCAUGGAGAGCAUUAAUCGGACCUGAAAUGAAAAAGCCCUAAAUGAUCGAGGCAGCAGCUCCCAUGUCUGGCUUUGAAGAGAGCCAUGUAACAGCUUCAGCUCCUCGUCAGAAAUCGCUGUCUGACGGGAGAGUUAAGUGCUGAAAAUAUUCUCAAGAUAGCAAACACUGUGGCCCCCAUCAACAGCAGUAUGUGGUGUUACUCUUGCCUGCUUCGCCAGACUGGGGGCGUGCUGACUGACAUCUACUGUAGGUAAUACACUGACUAUGAAUGAGCACCUCAUACAACCCCACUUGAAAAGAUCCAUACUAUCCUUUAUAGGUCCCUUUAAUGGUACACACUCUACCCAGUGAGCUAGCGAUGGCCAGGUGAAGCAGUAUUAUGUGUAUUUUAUGAUGUUUUAUGUGAAAUAAAUCUGUCAAACUUUACGACACACAAAACACACAGCUGUGUUCAUUGUUUCAAUGAGCUGUUUAUUACAAAAAGACUGUACAUAAAUUUCAAUGAACACAUCAUAUGUACAAACUGAGAGGAGAAGACAAAUAUUGGAUUCUGUUCCCAUGAACAUUUAAGUUACUGAUUUUUUUUUCCCCCCCCAUGUUUCUCAUUAAGAAAACACACAUCAAAGAAAGGCGCCUUGACCUGUGAUGCCCUGAAAUGCUAGACGUUAAGUGGUAAACAUUACAAAGUUCUGCACGUCAGUGGUUGUCUCAUGAUUUCUCUCUGAAAAAAGUAUAAAUAAAUCCUUUACGUACAAACUGCUAGCGAGCCUUCCUCAGCAGUCUCCGACACACAAAAACAAGUUGAAUGCAAAGCUAGAAAUACGCUAGGUAGAAAAAGUUGUUUUCUCACAAAAAAUUACCUCAUGAUGGAAAAAAUACAAUCAAGAAUGGGAUGUAGUGGCAAAUCAUUCACUGUAAUGACGAUACUUUCAUGCACAAUGAAUACUGUUCAUAUGACCGAGUCGUUGUCUUUUCUGAUCUGUGUGGAAACCUGAAAAUGUUACCGCUGGAUAAAAUCCCCCUCACAACAUCAGGAAGUCUGUGUCAUUUCAAAAUAAAAGUUUGUGUUCAAUGCCCAUUACUCCCAAAGUACAUAUGAUUAUGUUUGUUUAUGUGACUUGUUACAAGCAUAUGAGAUAAACAUUAGCUUCAGUGGUAUCUGACAGCGGGUUUUAAUGCCGGGUUCAGACUACAGGAUAUCAGCCUGAUUUUAGCCUGACGCAGCUGUCCUUCGGUGUCAGCUCAGAUCGUGAACGACAGUGAGUGACGUUUGCGAUAAUAAAUCGUUUUAUCCUGUGUAGUGCGUCGUAGUCGACAACAACCAACGCCAUGUCUGGGACACCUCACAGCAUUCCAACAGAAAGACUAGCAUGUUUGAUUUUCUUUUUCUUUCUUCUUCCACGACUCUUUCCAUCACAGCCAUCACUUUGACCAAUAAGAACACAGCGAUGUGCCACUGUAGACAACUGUGAGGCAACAAUACCCCAACCUUUUGGAUAUGUCCUCUUGAGAUGUUACCACACAGAGUAAAAAAGGAAAAAUGCUGGCAUGAAACAGCAGCGACACUUCAGCAACCUGAUGAGUACUGCAGUUAGCAUCAAGCUAGCAAAGAGUGCUAAUUCACCAUAAUAAUCCCAAAUGGUGUCUAAAACUUUACUUAGAACAACUACAGAGGGUACCAACUUUAUUUGAAACUUCAUUAGACACAGGCCUUUAUUUCUCAUUCCCUCUGUAUGUUUCUACUUUUAAUCCCUUCCUGUUUGCCCUGUUAAAUUUAACGCAUCAUGCUGUCAUUUCAAACUCAACACUUCCUGUCUCCAUUUGAAAUUAAAAGCCCCUCAUCCCUUCGGUGGAGAGAAUCCCUUCAUUUUCUAAACAGGCUUUUAUUGUGAAACACUUGCAGGAAUUUGUUGCGGAGAAUUCAGUCACUUGCACGGUACUUCAAAUAUAGCUCCUGUCAUCUGACGGCACUUUUUACGUUACUACAAAAACAGUUUGGCUGGGACAUGAACAGCCACAGUGACUAAAACAUAGAUAUUAAUAAUACCUAAAUACCAGACACUGAGAUGGCACCUAUUCAUUCCACUGGAAUUGCUCGUCUGGCACGUACACCUGCCUUCUGUUGUAUAUGGCCCACUGAAUAUGCACAGUAGUGAUUCUCCUGUUGGCCGGGGCCACAAGUUCCUGCUUGGCUCAUAGAGUUUACACUGUGAUGACGACAGAUUUUUAAAUCGCUUUUCUUGGCUUGAGGAAAGUUUUACAAAUAUAAAACCAGCAUGGCUCAAAAAUUCAGAAUAUAAAGAGUCGUACUUGACCUUGUUUGUAGUUUGAGGUGUCCUGUCAACAGCUUUACAGACAAGUCUUUUACAAUGGCGGUCUGUGGGGGAAAAAAAGCUUUUAUGGCUGCAAUACUACUAGUAAUAAUAGGACAAGAACACUAGACAUCACACACGUCAUGUAAGAUGACUGGUCGUGGACUAACUUGUAGUCUGUCACGCCAGGCAAGAUUUUAUGACUCUGUAAUCACCUCAUCCGACAUAGUGAUCGUCAGGACGGGCAAACAUGUCGUGUAGUCUGAACCCGGCAUCACUUGCACCAACAAUCACUUUGCAAGAACAGGCAUCUUAUUUUACAAAAGUAGUAGAAAUCAGAAGAGAAGUCUUCAUAUAUCGGCACUGUUUUUAAGACCUCAGGAUUGCAAUUCAUUCCUUCACUGCAGUUGGCAGGUGUCAUUCAUACGCAGCACAGACUGUUUAUCUGUGUGUAGACAGACAAAACAUACUGUAAGCAGCAGACUGAAUCGAGCUUUAGUACAUUACCACUGGGUUGCCUACAUUCACUAAAAUGCAGAGGUGAUUGAAUCUGAUAUAUGUUCACCCUCUGGAACAAAGUAAUGAGACUAAACUCCCUUGUUACAUUUCUGCAGUUUGUAGCGCAGUCUUGGUUUGAGGUUGUUUGGGUUGGUGAUUAUGGUUAUUGAGCACCAAUGUAAAGCACCACACCAGCAACCACUGAAAGAACAAGUGUAAAGGUUAGUUGACACUUCUGGAUCACAACUCUUGUGUAAAAAUCAAAGCAAUGACGGAAAUCAUUAAGUCAUCACAGUCAUCACAGUUGUUGAUAACUAAUCAGUGCAGCUAUUCCGACACAAUGGAAAACAACAUGAAACAUACAGGUUAGUCCUUCCUCUGCUUCACAUCUCGAAGCAAUCUCAAAGCUCUGCUACAGUAGCUGGACAGCAUCACUGAAUAUAGUGAUCAAAAUGAUAUAGUUGUGACUGAACAUAGAAAAAUGUUUAUACACGGCCACUUUGCCCUCGAUAAAGUUAAAAUGGCACUGUGAGUGAUGGAUAAAAUUAAUAUUCAAGUAAAAAAAAGAAACAAAAUGUAAAACAUCCAAUCUUGGCAUCACCUCCACUGACGCUGAUGGAAACUCACAGGUGAAACACACUAACUGACAAAUGUACUGUACUGGCAGCGUCUCACGUUACAGUUUAUAUACAAGUUAGAGAACAGAAAGAAACUCCACCAGAAAGAAGAAACUUGUCUUUUUUUGUAAUGCAUUCUAUACACUCAGUUCACCCUUUUUAACAGCAUCAGCUGUGGAAGCCCAUUUCUGCCAGUGUGAUCCAAGAAAAAGAUCCUGUCAGUCAGUACGAUGAGAAACUUUCUCAAAAUAAUGACUUGCAUAUCUCAAUGACUUUGAGAGGCUAAGCUCUUUUUAAAAGUUUUCAUAUAUUUUUUGAAAUAUUACCUCAUUAUUUUGAGAUACUAAUUAAUUAUUUUGGGAUACUUAUUAUCUCAGCAUACGAUCUCAUUUUGAGAUACUAACUUGUUAUUUUUGAGAUACUACAUUGUUAUUUUGAAAGACUAAUUAAUUAUUUUGAGAUACUAAUUAAUUAUUUUGGGAUUCAACUUAUUAUGAGAUAUAACCUCAUUAUCUUUGAGAUCGUACCUCAUUAUUUUUGAGCUAUUACCUCGUUAUUUUGAGAUACUUCCUCAUUAUCUUGAGGAACUAAUUCAAUAUUUUUGAGAUAAUAACUCGAUAAUCAUUAUUUUGGGAUUCAACUUAUUAUAAGAUAUAUCCUCAUUGUCUUUGAGAUAUUCCCUCAUUUUGAGAUACUACCUCAUUAUUUUGAGAUACUAAUUCAUUAUUUGGAAUGCUAACUUGCUAUACUAUAGAUACUAACUCAUUAUUUUGAGAUACUAUCUCAUUAUUUUGAAUCUAAUUUAUUAUUUUGAGAUAUUACCUCAUUUUGAGAUACUACCUUGUUAUUUUGAGAUACUUAUUCAUUAUUUGGAAUACGAACUUGUUAUCUUGAGACUCAAACUCAUUAUUUUGAGAUACUAAAGAAUUAUUCUGAGACUCUACAUCAUUAUUUUGAGAUGCUACCUCGUUAUUUUGAGAUACUACCUCGUUAGCUUGAGAUAUUUCCUCCUUUUUUUGAGAUACUUACUCAUUUUGAGAUACUGCCUCAUUAUUUUGGGAUACUAGCUCGUUAUUUUGAGAUACUACCUCAUUAUUUUUGAGAUAGUAAUUUAAUAUUUUGAGAUACUGACUUAUUAUUUUGAUAUACUACAUUGUUAUUUUGAGAAAGCAACUCAUUAUUUUGAGAUACUAAUUUGUAAUUUUGAGAUACUACCUCAUUAUUUUGAUACUAGUUCAUUAUUUUGAGAAACUAAUUCAACUUUCGAGAUACUACCUCAUUAUUUUGAUACUAGUUCAUUAUUUUGAGAUACUACCUCAUUAUUUUUGAGACUCUCAUUUCCACUACAAAGUCAUUAUUAUGCAAAACUACCUUGGUAUUUUGAGAUACUACUUCAUAAUUUCAAGAUACUAAGUCAUUUUUUUUGAGAUAUUAAGACAUUUUUUAAGACAAUAACUUUAUUUUGAGAAAGUUUCUCAUUAUAAUGACUCACAGGGUCUUUUUCUGGCGGAAAUGGUCUUCCAUACAUCCCCACCAACACAGAGCAUAGUCAAUACACAACUCAAGGUUGCUUUUGUUCCCCCUUUAACAUCUUGUGAUUCGGACAUCGACGGCAUUGAACAUUCAGUCGUGUCCUAAUGCACUUGUUGAUGUCUGUUUGUCCUUUUAAUUUUUUUUGUAUAAGGUAAGAUGGAUGUUUUUGAAAGGAGGGAAGGGUUGGUCUGCUGGUCUACAGUGCAAAUAAACGGGUAGGAGCGUCUGCACACCAUUUUAUCUAAAGAAUGCUACAUUGCCUCAUCUAUUGAUGAAAUCCUAGUAAUACUUCACUGUCUGGAUCUACUGCAUACUGUAAAUACUGGACAUGUUGGCUGCACAUACACCAAUUAACACUAAAUCUAGAUUUACUUGGCAUUCUUUGAAAUUAUUCUGUAAUUUCUUGUGAGGCAAAAUGUGACUGUUAUAGUUUGAAAAGUGCUACCCAACCACCACGAUGUAACAGCGGCAGCAUAAAGGCCUUUAUCUCCUCCCUUUCGUCCACAGUGUAAACUAACAGACCCCGGUCUGAAGCUUCAGCACCCUCCUUCUUUGUGCGACACUUUUAUCUUUUUUUAUUUAUUUUUUUCUUGAGCAUAACAAAACCGUGCAAGCACAAG